AUGUCUUCGGCAGCAACGGACAAGGGCCACGACAGUGGCGGCGGCGGUGGUUCAUCAAGGCCCCCUGCCAUGUCGACGACACUCACCGCUUCGUCGUCGUCAAACUACUCCUCUAGCGUGUCUGGUGACAGCCAACACCAGAGCGGAGCUAGCGGGGGUAUCCCUGGCACACCCUCGAGCCGACGCUCAGGGGGAUGGGACCGGCAAACGCUUUCCCCGGCCGCGGCCGCAAGGGCUAGAGCUGAGGAUCCUACGGUUGAGGAGCAAGUUGUUUUUCAACCAAUCAGUGUACUUGAUGAGUCUUCUGAUUCUUCAGAUGAAUAUGUGUCGAGUUAUCGGCCUCUGGAACGGUUAUGGCCUGGUGCCAAACAGUCAGCCAUUCAGCACACCAUUAUGAUCGAUAUCUUUAGAGGGCAGCUUCACUUAUCGCCUAUCACGUCAAAACCAAAGCGGGUUCUUGAUGUCGGCACUGGCCCUGGAACAUGGGCAUUGGAUGUUACCCACGAUUGGGACUUUACCGGCGGCGGCAACUUUGAUUUUAUCCACGUUCGACAACUCGGCGAUAUUCAGGAGAAAAGAAACCUAAUCCAAAGGUGUUUCGAGAAUCUGAAGCCCGGAGGAUGGGUUGAAUUCACGGAAUGGAUCGCGAUUCUACAGUCGCCGAAUCAUUCAUUGCGCGGCACCGCAUUCCGCAAAUGGAAUGAUCUGCUGGAGCAAGGAAUGCGCCAGUGUGGUACAACGCUGUACUACCCGGACAAGCUGAAGCCAUUACUACAGGAGACAGGCUUUGAGCACAUCAUUGAGACGAGAAACGGCGCGACGACAAAUGCGUGCUAUCCGGGCAAGAAGUUGCAACGUAUAGGCCAUUUGAUGACGCAGAACUGGCUGCUUAUUCUUGAGCCUUUGUCUAUGCCUGUUUUUACGCAAGCUUUGGGGUGGACUCCGGAGGAAGUCAAGACUUUUCUGCUUGAUGUGCGGAAGGAAAUUGGCAACACACAAUACCAUUCCUUCAUGACGCUAAUAACCAUUUGCGGCCAAAAGCCGUUGAAUAGUUCAGCCACGUCGGCAAUGUCAACCUCGGCAUCCGAAUCUUCUCUUCCCACGGCAAAGCACGGCCCGGAAAGCUGCAUCCUCGAAAAGGUCACCUGCGAAGCUAAACCCAAACACCAACAGCCGGCAGCACAUGGUUCGACAGAAUGA